AUGAGUGCAGAAUAUAGAGAAAUGAAAAAUUACAACGAUGCUGGUCAUAUGAGAGGAAAAUAUUAUAAUAUAUCCGAUGAAACACCAGAAUUUACAACCGAUUAUAGCAAAUUUGGAGUAAAAGGCUAUGCCUUGUUUUGGCACAUGCUCUUGCUUAGUUUUAUCAAUAUGGCAUUUGGCAUUUUCCCCACCACAGUCUUCAUAGGAUUAACCCUAUCGAUAAUAUAUGCAUGCACCGCAUCCCUCGACUUUAUCCGUGGCCAACCAAUGACAUGCCCUCGGAAGUACGACCCAAAAUUUUAUGCGAUACCUGGGAUUGACAAUUCGCUUAACUUAACAUGUCAAUAUCACAUUAAAGUAGCCAUUGCAUCUUGG